AUCCCCCUUCACCAAAUCCCACCGCGCCGCGAAACCCAAGCAGCCGCAGCACCGAUGGCGCCCAAGGCGGAGAAGAAGCCGGCGGCGAAGAAGCCCGCGGAGGAGGAGCCCGCGGCCGAGAAGGCGGAGAAGGCCCCGGCGGGGAAGAAGCCCAAGGCGGAGAAGCGCCUCCCCGCGGGCAAAUCCAGCGCCGGCAAGGACGGCGAGGGCAAGAAGGGCAAGAAGAAGGCCAAGAAGAGCGUCGAGACCUACAAGAUCUACAUCUUCAAGGUGCUCAAGCAGGUGCACCCGGACAUCGGCAUCUCCUCCAAGGCCAUGUCCAUCAUGAACUCCUUCAUCAACGACAUCUUCGAGAAGCUCGCCGCCGAGGCCGCCAAGCUUGCCCGCUACAACAAGAAGCCCACCAUCACCUCCCGCGAGAUCCAGACCUCGGUCCGCCUCGUCCUCCCUGGGGAGCUCGCCAAGCACGCCGUCUCUGAGGGCACCAAGGCCGUCACCAAGUUCACCUCAUCUUAGAUAGGUUCCGUGUCUGGUGGUGCUAGUACUAGUUUGGUUGGGUUGUGUGUAGUCCUGGCUCUCUCAGUUUAACUUAUCUGGUAGCAGUAGUAUUGUCAUCAGCACUGUUGAAUGGAAUUAUGGAAAUGGAAAUGGAUGGUUAGUGUGUAGAUGCGUGAAAUUGUGCUAGUGCUCUUGAUGUGCUGCACCAUAAUAGAUCUGGAACGGCCAUGGUGCCUGAUCUAUAUAUUGACUACGUUCCUCUGUUCAGUGUUC